UUCUGUCCUGCCCCGCCGCCUCGCUGGGACAUGGCGGCAGCUCGGUUCUGCCUGUGCUUGUGCCUGUUCCUGUUCCUGUCCCUGCUGCGGCUGCCUCGUGGUGCAUUCGCGGCCGGUCCGGCGGCGGCGGCGCCCGGGUCUGGGCGCGGGCCCGGGGAUGGCAUGAAUGUGUUGUUUAUAAUUGUGGAUGAUCUGCGUCCUGUGUUGGGCUGUUACGGAGAUAAGCUUGUGAAGUCUCCCAACAUUGAUCAACUUGCUUCCCAAAGUAUAGUGUUCAGCAAUGCAUAUGCCCAGCAAGCUGUGUGUGCUCCCAGCAGAGUGUCAUUUCUCACUGGCCGCAGGCCAGACACCACCCGGCUCUACGAUUUCUACUCCUACUGGAGAGUUCAUGCAGGAAAUUAUUCCACUAUGCCCCAGUAUUUCAAGGAAAAUGGCUACGUGACCCUAUCUGUGGGGAAAGUUUUUCAUCCUGGGGUUUCAUCCAAUUACAGUGAUGACUAUCCCUACAGUUGGUCCAUUCCACCCUUUCAUCCUUCAGCUGAAAAGCAUGAGAAUGAUAAGACUUGUAGGGGAGAAGAUGGAAAACUUUAUGUGAACUUGGUGUGCCCAGUGGAUGUGACAGAAAUGCCUGGGGGUACUCUACCUGAUAUUCAGAGCACUGAGGAGGCCAUACACUUACUGAAUAUCAUGAAAACCAACAGACAAAAGUUCUUCCUGGCUGUUGGUUACCACAAGCCACAUAUCCCACUGAGGUACCCACAGGAAUUUCUCAAGUUGUACCCCUUGGAAAAUAUUACAUUGGCCCCAGAUCCCUGGGUGCCUAAGAAACUACCUUCUGUGGCAUACAACCCCUGGAUGGAUAUCAGACAGAGGGAUGAUGUGGAAGCAUUAAAUGUUAGUUUCCCUUAUGGACCACUUCCAGAUGAUUUCCAGCGGAAGAUUCGUCAGAGUUAUUAUGCAGCAGUUUCUUACCUGGAUGUGCAAAUUGGCCUGCUUCUAAAUGCUUUGGAUAAUGUAGGACUCUCACAUAACACAAUAGUAGUUUUUACUGCUGAUCAUGGGUGGUCCUUGGGAGAACAUGGUGAAUGGGCAAAAUACAGCAAUUUUGAUGUUGCGACCAGAGUGCCACUGAUGUUUUAUGUCCCAGGAAUGACAACUUCCCCUGUCAGUCAAGGAGCAAGGGUCUUCCCUUACCUCGACCCUUUUAGCCAUACUGGAGGCUCAGCACCUCAAGGGCAAAUUGAAAAAGUGGUGGAGCUGGUGUCUCUGUUUUCAACGCUUGCAGAUCUUGCUGGCCUGCAGGUUCCUCCUGCGUGCCCAGAGAUGUCAUUUGGUGUUGUGCUGUGCACUGAGGGGACAAGCCUUGUCCGCUAUUUUAAUAUCUCUGAAAGAAUGGUGGAGGAAGGCAAGGAAGGGUGUGAUGACACUGACUGGUGUUUUAAGGAAGAACCUUUUGCUUUCAGCCAAUAUCCCCGGCCUGCAGACACUCCCCAGUGGAACUCUGACAAACCAAAGCUGAAAGACAUCAGGAUCAUGGGCUAUUCCAUGCGUACCAUUGACUACAGGUACACUGUGUGGGUGCAGUUUGAUCCCAACAACUUCAGUGCUAACUUUGAGGAUGUCCAUGCAGGAGAGUUGUACAUGAUGGAGAAUGACCCAAACCAGGAUUAUAACAUCUAUAACAAUACUAUACAUGGUUGGUUUUUCCAAAAAAUUCGUGACUUUCUAAAGCACUAGGGUUCAGAAACUUCCUUAUGCCUGUUCUUGCAACUGAAUUAAUGCUUCUUUUUUUUGUAUAAAACCUUUCUGUUGUACAGAAAACAUUUGGAUUGAAUAAAAAUCCUGCUUGUAUCAAAA